AUGAGUUACGGGUCUGGCACAGCGGUGAUGCCAAUUUUUCGGAGGACGAUGAUCGGCGCCUGUAGUCUGAUUGCUGUUUAUGUUACUAUCGACCUCGCUGGCAAGCCUCUUUACGCGUACACGACAACGAAAUUAGCUAACAUGAGCAAGGAAGGAGCGGCCCCAGCAUCGGGUGGGGCACCUGCUCACGGGGGCCAUUGA